AGGUCAGACACAUCCCAAAAUGAUGUAGUUUCAGUAUUUUCAGCUCACCUGAGGCCACCGAUCAGGUUCAUCUGCUCCGAUGCAGCAGAUCGAUCUGUUCUUGGCGUGCUACUAUAUAAAUCCGCACAGGUCUCAUCUGACUUCUUUCACUUCUCACCUGAUAGGAAGAAGAGCAGCUGUCCACACAACUUUCGUCAUACAAAAUGACUCCACAAAUGGAGGCGACAUGUAAAGAAUGCCUCUACCCCGGAUUUAUCAAGCUAUCGUAUCUCUCCGAGGUGCUACAACCGUUUACCAUAGUGCGUUACCUUAUGGAUAAUUCUAGGACUUCAUCAUUUCAUCAUGGGGCUAUGGGAUGAUGAGGAGGACUCGAAUUCAUUUCAAAUGAGGAAUCAGAAUAUGGCCACGGUCACUAUUGAACGUCCGUCAGCUCCACCACCGCCAGGCUCUGAAUUACCUCCAGCGUCAAGACAGCCAAGUGUACCGGAUAUCCCAUCGGCGGAAACGUCUAUAGAUCCUAAUCUGGCCAAUCCCCGUCUGAUGGUUAACAGAGCAUGUAUCUACGAACGCCAAUUACCCGGAGACGCCUAUAUCACGGCCCAUGUACAGCGCCUGCAACAUGGGUUCUACUCGAGCGCGGCCGUCUCAGAUCAAGACCUCGACCAUGUUGAUUUCCUGGGUAUCAACUUCGUCUUCCACUCUCCCAACACCCUGACGCAUCGGUUCAAGGCAGCUACCAUUCGUGUCUCGGUUCACAGCAUGCGGAACAACUCCAGCACCUCUACAGCAUCACAAAAUCUGCACACCUACAGGUCCAAAAACCCACGGUUUCUCAUGCAUGCACCGCAUCUUCUGUACGGAGCUGUCUCGCCCGAAACCCUCCAAUGGAACUACAGUCUCUCUGGAUCGCUCGGCGUAGCUGAACUUCCCCUGAUGGCCAGUAUCUCGCCCUCCACCGGCAUGAACGGACGGUACCGACGGUAUGAGAUGAUGAGGAUCCAGGGGUCGGUCCGGUCAUUGAAGAGCCCACGCGGACGUAAGUUCGACGUCGAGGCAGGGGAGGCCGUAUGGUCGCUGGAAGAAAACAGUCUGCAACGAUCUGGCCUGCCGCGGGAGUUUACCUUCGCCAUGUUGAUUCAGAAACCGCGCGCCGACAGCCGAAUCCAUCUCGCUCUCGAUAUCGAUCCAGUUCUUCAAUUCGGUUACUUCACCUACCCGACAUGGUGGCUGGAUCUUCCGAGUUAUAGGCCGGUGCCUCGACGGCCAGUGGACUUUCGAGCUGAAGUCGGGCAGCGCUUCGAGCCGAUCACGCCGAAUAGGGGGUUCAACUUCGCUGCUCUAGAGAGCUCGUUUGAUGACUACGUACAAAUGCCAGGGAGAAAGUUCACCACGGGAAUGUCGUUAGAAGGCGGAUGCACCCAAGACGACAACGAAAUCCGUCGCGACGUAACACGAGAUCUCGCCAUGGUUGAACCAGUCCGGGGUAUACCCCGGGCGCCCUACUCAGGACCAACACCCAGUGACACUACAGGGAAAGCCCCUGGAAACCGGAACGGAGUCAGCAACAUAAUACCCAUCUUCGACCCGACGUCUCUCUCCGUGAGAAUUUUCCUGAACAACGGCCAUGGCCAUAGCAGCCAGCUCGCCUCGCAUAUCUCCGCACUGCGCUCGAGCGGCAAUAUCGCUAUAGAACGAGAUAACCCCCGGACCCCGACCCCUGCCUCAUCUACAGCCACUAUCCAGGAUAGACAACCAUCAUCACAACCCAGGAGAGCACGGAUGAAGCAGAUCGCACCGGGGGCAUCAAACAAGCCGAGGGCCAGUACCUAGGUAGGCAGACCUCUCUCCAGGUAAGGAUACCCAUCAUAUCUACGCCCCCCAAAACCAACAUCUACAUGUACAAUAGACAGGCCGGAUGGAAACCAGAUGGUGAAAACCCAAACCCAAGCCGCAGACGCUCCAACCAAGAUAAACUACCCCC